GCAUUCGCCGCUUUCUCGCGUUGUCUAAUUUACCAGCAGAAGAGGGAGAAACGCUAUACUAAUUGAGUCUCUCAAGUCAAGCAGAAGCAAUAAAGUGAGUCUCUCUCAGGCCAUGGUUCUGAAGAACUUUGUGUUCUUGUUCUUCCUCCUCUUGUCUCCUCCCAUCUUGUCCGAUGGGAUGCUCCAGGUGAUGAGUGGUGGAUCGAUGAUAAGGAGGAACUUGCUGCAGACCAAGAAGGACUGCCCCGUGAACUUCGGGACACAGAACUACUCGGGCAUCACGAGCAGCUGCAAAUCGCCAUGGCCUCCCGACCUCUGCUGCCCGCCCUUCACGGAGUUCGCCUGCAACUUCACCCAGUAUCUCAACGACGGGAGCAACAGCUGCGCGGAGACGAUGUUCAGCUACCUGAACCUCAUCGGAGGCUAUCCGCCGGACCUGUUCGCCAGCGAGUGCCGAGGUGAUAAAGAUGGGCUACCUUGCAAUGUCAGCGGCAGUUCUGACCAAACGGGCAGUGGAGGAAGCAGCGGCGCCCAUGGGAGCAUGCCAGAGAUGUGCUCGCUGGUGAUGACCUUAACUGUAUCUGGACUCGGGAUGAUGAUGCUAUUGUUGUGCUGACUGAAUCAUGGAUGGUGGUAAAGAUGCACGGUUAUAUAUACAGAAUGGACCUGUGACUGAGAGUUGCGGUGGGAGAAGUUAUGUCUGGAAGAUUAUAGUCAUGAUUAAUAUUUUGUGAUAAAUAAUUAGCUUGUAAAUUGAUUUAUUAAUAUAAAUUGGUUUACAAAUAUCUAUGGUGUUGGUGUGAGUGCAUGUGACUAAUGUGGGUCAGGUUACAUUGUGCUAUUUGGCUCUUGUUUUGUCAACCUGCAGAUCCUUAGGAGUGCAAGCUUAACGCCUGUUUAUCAUAAGCUAUUCAAGCUGAGUUGAGAGCAAUUGCAAUGAAAGUACUUGGACAUGUCA